UCCGCUGGCUGACAGCGCUGAGCUGCUGCGCUCCGCUUCUGGGCAUGGCCCCCUCGGCCUGGGCCGUCUGCUGCCUCCUGGGGGGGCUCCUGUUGGGUCGAAGCAGCCCCAGCCCCGGCCCCAGCGUGCCCCGCCUUAGGCUUUCCUAUCGAGACCUCCUGGCUGCCAACCGCUCUGCCAUCUUCCUGGGUUCCCGAGGACCCCUGGACCUCCAGGUCCUGUACCUGGACGAAUACCGAGAUCGCCUUUUCCUGGGGGGCCGAGACACCCUCUACUCCCUGCGGCUAAACAAGGGUUGGCCGGAUCCCCGAGAGGUCGUGUGGCCGCCUCAGCCUGGACAGAGGGAGGAAUGUGUGCGGAAGGGCAGGGAUGCUUUGAUGGAGUGUGCCAACUUCAUUCGGGUGGUACAGCCCCACAACAGGACCCACCUGCUCGCAUGUGGCACGGGCGCCUUCGAGCCCAGCUGUGCUUUUAUUGCCGUGGGGCACCGCGGGGAGCAUGUGCUCAAGCUGGAGCUGGGCAGCGUGGAGAGCGGGCGAGGCCGGUGCCCACAUGAGCCUGGCAGACCCUUCGCUAACACCUUUGUAGGCGGGGAGCUGUAUACUGGCCUCACUGCUGACUUCCUGGGGCGUGAGGCCAUGAUCUUCAGGAGUGGGGGUCCCCGGCCUGCCUUGCGUUCUGACUCAGAUCAGAACCUCCUUCACGACCCCCGCUUUGUGAUGGCCACUCGAAUCCCUGACAAUUCUGACCGGGACGACGACAAAGUAUAUUUCUUUUUCUCGGAGACGGUCCCAGCUCCCGACGGUGGCCCCGGGCGUGUCACCGUCAGCCGUGUGGGCCGAGUCUGCGUGAACGACAUGGGUGGCCAGAGAGUGCUGGUGAACAAAUGGAGCACCUUUCUCAAGGCUAGGUUGCUGUGCUCGGUGCCCGGCCCGGGAGGGGAAGACACACACUUUGACCAGCUGGAGGAUGUGUUUCUACUGAGGCCCAAGUCCGGGAGGAACCUCGAGGUCUACGGGUUAUUCCGCAUAGUCAGUGCCGUGUUCCAGGGCUUUGCUGUCUGUGUGUACCAUAUGGAAGACAUCUGGGAGGUCUUCAAGGGACCUUUUGCCCACCAAGAUGGCCCCCAGCACCAGUGGGGGCCAUACGGGGGCAAGGUGCCCUUCCCGCGCCCAGGGAUGUGCCCCAGCAAGAUGACGGCACAGCCAGGGCGGCCCUUCGGCACCACUAAGGACUACCCAGACGAGGUGCUGCAGUUCGCCCGUGCUCACCCACUCAUGUUCCAUCCUGUGCGACCUCGAGGGGGCCGUCCGGUCCUGGUCAAGACCCACCUCAGCCAGCAGCUGCGCCAGAUCGUGGUGGACCGCGUGGAGGCGGAGGAUGGCGCCUAUGAUGUCAUCUUCCUGGGGACUGAUUCAGGCUCCGUGCUCAAAGUUCUGGCACUCCAGGCAGGGGCCUCAGCUGAGCCCGAGGAGGUGGUUUUGGAAGAGCUCCAAGUAUUCAAGAUGCCAACCCCCGUCACUGAGAUGGAGAUCUCCGUUAAAAGGCAAAUGCUGUACGUGGGCUCAAGACUGGGUGUGGCCCAGCUGCAACUGCACCAAUGCGAGACUUAUGGCAGUGCUUGUGCCGAGUGCUGCCUGGCCCGAGAUCCAUAUUGUGCCUGGGACGGUACCACCUGCACCCGCUACCGGCCGGGCAUCAGCAAACGCCGCUUCCGCCGGCAGGAUAUCCGGCAUGGCAACCCUGCCUUGCAGUGCCUGGGGCAGAGCCAGGGAGAAGAAGCUGUGGGACUCAGCGGGGUGACCAGCAAGGUCUAUGGCACAGAAAACAACAGCACCUUCUUGCAGUGUCUGCCCAAAUUCCCACAAGCUGCCGUGCGCUGGUUCUUGCAGAGGCCCGGGGCCAACAGGCUUGAGCAGGUGAAGACGGAUGAACGAAUCCUGCUCUUGGAGCAGGGGCUGCUCUUCCGCCGGCUCAGCCGCCUGGACUCUGGCACCUACAUCUGCACCACUUCGGAGCAUGGCUUCUCCCGCACGGUGGCUCGCCUGGCUCUGGAGGUGAUUGGAGCGGAGCAGCUGAGCAGCCUAUUCCCCCGGGGGUCAGCGUCAGAGGAACCCCCAGGCCGGGACUCUGUGUCCCCCAAGGCUUGGUACAAGGACAUCUUGCAGCUCAUCGGUUAUGCCAACCUGCCCAGGGUGGAUGAGUACUGUGAGCGCAUGUGGUGCCCCUCUCGGAACCGGGCCAAGCAGGCCAAAGGCAAGACCUGGGCCGGCCUGGAGCUGGGCAAGAAGGUGAAGAGCCGGGCACAGGUGGAGCGCAAUCGGACACCCCGGGAGGUGGAGGAGACAUAAAAGAGGGUGGAGAAGGGGAUAGCCUGGAGGGGCCUUAUGUGCAGCAGCCUCUGAGUCUCCCAGCCACUCAGCUAGAGCAGCAGGGGGGACCACAUUUCUGACCUCCUUAGUAGGGGGGAGCCUGACCCCCACCCCCUACUGUACUACUGCAGAAAAGGCUGUGAGCCCGAGGGAGUGGCUGUGCCCAGGGCUAUUCCCUGCCCCUCUCAGUGCUGUUAGUCCCAGACUGGAGCCAGCACACUUCUGGCCACCCCCAAGGCUCUGUGGGGUUGCUUUUUGUUCUCAGAGAUGGCCCCCCAGAAUCCAUUUCCGGGUGUGCCCACAGGCAAGAAGACUGGUAGUUCUUUCCCAGCCUGCAGAACAAUGGGCAUUCUGAGUGACCUUAACUACGUGGGCGUUUGGGGCUC